AUGGAGGCAACGGUAGUCGCCAGUGAAAACGUUCUCAAAGAGCAUGGAUCCACCAUCAAUCCAACAGCGGCUUUCGUCUUGUCCAGUCUCGGGACUGCGAUUAUUCUCUUUUCGCUACUCUCCACUUGUAUACGAUAUAGGAACCAUGAUGAAGACGAAUGUGUCGUGCCCAAGAACGGACUAAGGGCGCUCAUGAUAGCACUCACAUCCCUUUUAGUAUCCAUGCUACUCUAUUUCAUUUAUGCCAUUAUGCUCAUGGAUCGAGACAAAAUGGACUAUCUGGGACCCAUGAGGGUUACCGGAGUCCGAUACCAAGAGCGCAUUUCGAGCACAAUACGAGGUGGGAGGAAACAUUACAAAACGUACUACGAUGCCGUGUAUGACUUGAACUGGGGAUACGAGUGGGCGUGUCCCGGUAUGAUGUCCCCGGAUGGUAGACCCGGGCAAUGUCAGUCGUCGGUCGACGUUGUGGGGUGUUCGGUACGAAUAUGUCAACGACGCGUUUGUUUUGAUACCGAAAAAUACGAAGCUUUGAAUCAGGUGGAAGCCUGCGUCCAGCACAAGCAAGUGUUUGACUUGAAUGCCACCUACACAGCCUACAAUCCCUACAUGGGACCAUCGCAGGAUGUCGACUGGCCCCACAUUAAUGCGUUUGGAAACUGUGAAACCUGCGAAAGCAAGUUCUCAGUGGCUACAUCGGAUGCCUUGGCGGACAUACAAAUAGCAGCUUCGGUCUUUUUGGGUGCUGGCUGCCUUUUGCUCAUAGUAUUGACGUAUCUUUGGUGCCGACCCGUCAACAGCAAUCGUGAUGUGCAUCCAGAGCCACCUCAAGAGAAAGAACCGCCACCAAGCAAACAACUCUGA